UCGCAUGACUCCCACCUCCUCAGGUCUCCGCCACGCGCUCCCCCCGGUGAACUACACUUCCCGGCAGGCCGCGGGCGCGCGCACACGCACUGGGGCCUCCGCCAUGGCGACCGUGCUGUCCAGGGCGCUCAAGCUCCCGGGGAAGAAGAGCCCAGACCUGGGGGAGUACGACCCACUCACACAGGCCGACAGUGAUGAAAGCGAAGAUGAUCUUGUGUUGAACUUGCAGCAAAAGAAUGGAGGGGUCAAAAAUGGCAAAAGUACCCUGGGAGAUGCCCCGGAGCCAGACUCGGAUGCCGAGGUUGCAGGGGCUGCAAAGCCACAUCUUUCGGAGGUCACCACGGAGGGGUACCCCUCUGAACCCCUGGGGGGCCUGGAGCAGAAGGCAGCCUCCUCCGUCGCCUCGUACGCACGCACCUCUCUCUUCCUGCUGACCGUGGUGAUCGCCAUGAUCCUGGUGCUUGUCUGCGCUUUCUUGAUCCCCUGCCCCCCCAGAGAUCUGCAUAGCACUUGGAGUCGCCCCUUGGGCCCCCAAGGAGGUGGGGAUCUGUCUCCGCUGGAGUUGGCUGAUGUAAAUGGAGACGGCCUGCGUGACGUACUUCUCUCCUUUGUGACCUCAAGGAACAGGAGCGCUGUCGGUGCCCCGAGGCCAGCUGCUCUUCUCGUGUGCCUGUCGGGGAUGAAUGGCAGCACACUGUGGUCCAGUCCCCUUCCUGAGGAGGCCCGCCAUAUCACAUGCUUGGAUCUGAUGCCAGGAAGCAGUGCUAAAACCAUCUGCCUUGUGACAGGGACACAGAAGAUGCUCAGUGCAUUCAAUGCGACAUCAGGGAAAGUCAUUUGGACUUUAAACCCAAACUACUUCUCCAACGGUACCCUGGCUGCCCCAGGGGUGGUGCUGCCGGACGUGGAUGAAGACGGCGUCCGAGACCUGGUGGUUCUGGCCAUCGGGGACUCACAGCCAGAUCUGUGCUUUCUGCUGGUGUCUGGCCGGACAGGGAGCCCAGUGGGCCGACCGGUGAAGUACAACAUCGUGGGAGUGGGGAAUCUGAUUGGUCCUCAGGUUUACAUCACCACCAGUGGGGCUGUCUACAUCCUGUUUGGCUUUGGAAAUAUUCAAGCUGUCGCCCUGCGGGACCUUUUUGUUGAGGCCCAAAAUCAAGACAGCUCACCACCUUCUCUGCAGAUAGAAGAGCCAGAAUGGGAGAAGCGGAGAUCCAUCAACCUGUCCGAGUUCAUUGACAUUUACAGUGAUGGUGUCGAGCUGCUCCAGAUAGUGAAGGCGCCGGAUUCCAAUAGCAGCAACCUCCUGAUUACGACCACGCAGAGCCUGGUCCUGCUCCGUGGGCAGAAUCUCACACCUUGCUGGACCCUGAGCCUUCAAGGCCUCCGCAGCCAGCCGACCCCUGGGUACUUCACGGACGAUCAGACACUUGACUUCCUUCUGCAGAUCCAGGAUGGAGUUGGGAUGAAAAUGAUCAUGGUGGUGGAUGGGGACUCGGGCUCUGUCACUUGGAGUUACAGAGUUCCAUGUCACAUGAAAGAAACCCCUACCACCUCAGCGGUCACCUCAGACCAGAAGUCUGUCUUCCUCUUCUGGGCUGAAGGGCUGUCAGCGAUGUCUCCCAAUUCCGACGGCACCCUGGGAACGGAGCCACCCGGAUUUUACCACCUUUACCUCCUGCAUCCAGCUUUCCCCUCCAUUCUUCUGGAUCUGGCUAAUGCUACAGGCACGGUGACAGCUUCGGAGGUUGGAAUUAACGACCUCUGGAAAGAUGCCUUUUAUGUUACCAGGACAACAGGGCCAGGCUCCGAAGGCCAUCCAGCGCCCCUGGUGGUCAGCAAGCUUAGUCUCCGGUGGGCAUUGAUGGAGGGCCAAGUGGUCCAGCUAAAGGAGGCCACCCCCAAAAUUGGCCGUGGGGAGCUGCGGAGAUUUCUCUCCAGGAUAAAGUUUGUUGAUUUUCCCUACCAGAUCUGAUAGAUUCUUCAGCUUCAAGGAAGUGAAUGAAACGAACAGUGUCUCUGUGUCUCUUUGAAGAGAAGGAAGCCACGCAGCCCCGUCCACCUCCCCUGGGAUCACCGCGAGGCGCCAGCUGGGGCCCGGCACAGCGCCGGCCAGCUGACUUGGCUCUCUCACCCGCCCUUCUGGUCUCCCCGCCCUAACCUCCUUGCAGGCACUCUGGCUGCUUUGGAAAUGUGAAUAAGUGUUUUCAUUCGGGUGUCUAAUUUAUGAACUCUUGCUGGGGAAUCCCAGGGCAGCCCCCCACCUAGGGAGCAUUUUGUCCUCAGUGUUGUGUUUUCUAGAGAGGGCCGCAGACAGGGACUCGUCCCUGCUGAGAUGCGGCUGACUGGUUUACAGGCUGUGGAGACGGAGGAGCCCGGCAUUUUCAUCUCGUCGUAGGUGUCCUGGCUCCUCAUACGGCCCAUCUCUAUCGAUUUAGUGAUGUAAGGACAACCAUAUUCCUUUCUGAAGGGGAACAAGAGAAGUGAAGUGGACCCUCCUUUGGCAAAGCCCACGUUAGUAGUUGUUCUUCCGUUGAUUAUUGCUUGGGCCUUUUUAUUGCAGUAACUUCAGAAGUUCCACUGACAGGCAGCGAGUGGGGAUGGAGGACGGGUCCUUGUCCCGGCGUUAUUCCACUCUGCGCGCUUAGCUCAUGUUCCUACCGGGUGUCCUUACCGCGCUGGCUCUCCUCCUCUCUGCUUUCUCUUUCAUUCAGGGAUAUUUCUGCUUUGCUUGCAUGAGAGCAAAGCUGUUUCUGGACUUUUCCUCUUGCUACUCUUGCCUGGUAUGCAGCUAGGCAGCUGCUUUCCCUGCCUAUCUCCUUCCUUAUAAAGCUUCUGAAGCAUUGUAAUUGGGGAAAAUUUCUUUGUAAAUACUCUUUUAUAAUUGGCUAAGUUCUUUAGAAUGAUCUCCAGUAUCUACAUCUCCCCUUUUCUAUUAACAUUUACUUCUAUUUAGUUCUCUGCUAAACUUCCAGGUCUUGAUUAUACAGCAGUAAACCCCACUUUAGCCACUAGGAAGCUGCUUUUCGCCCCCACUUUCAUAGAUCAUCCCUGUGGGAAAUUCGGGUUCUCCCUUUACUUGGGCCUGUAUCUCUUUAGCUUGUGCAAGUAGAGGGAUUUUAAAAAAUUUAGAUAUUCCAAAAAGUUAGGGAUUCCAAAUUUAAAGGAGUGUGUGCUGAUUGCCCACGGGUAGGCAUCAUGACACAGCAGGAAGUCAGUUGAAAGAGCACCGAGGCGGCUUGUUGCCUGGCCUGCAGAUUAGCUUUGCCAGGUUUGGGGGGCACUCCCUUAAGUCCCUGAAAACAUAUCCAUUUCAGUCCUUCAGGAGAGCCCAGCAUAUUGUAGCCUUGGAGGGUGGGGGGCAAUUAGGACUUCCCAGGAGUUUGGGAGUUACUCUAUAUCUACUUGUAGGACUGGAGUCUACAUGGUGAGAAAAGCCCAGGGUGUGGUUUGGUUUAAUAGAGAACUGUAAGGACUAGUUUAUAGUUGGCUGAAUACUGAAACUUGGGGAAUUUUCCUGCAGUGGGGUUGAGCCAUCUGGGCCUCCCCUGUUCUCCUGCAUGGUCUGGGAAGCCAGCCAGCCACUCUGGGUGGAAACCAAAUGCAAAGAGGUUCUUGAGGGCUGGACCUCAGGGAAUUGUUCUGAGGAGUCCUAGCAACACUUAAGGAAGAAGAAAAUGAUGCCUCUAAAUUCUCCUUAGUGUGUGGGCAAAGUAACUUCGCAUAACAGGAGACUCUCCUGGGUUCCUCCUCUUUUGAAAUGGAAGUAAAUAGUGGCUGAAGAUUAAGGAAGUGCAUCUCACCAUGUGGGUGCCUGCCUCCUGUCAGUUGUGUCCCUCAUAACUUCCUUCUUGCAGACGGUGGGGCUAGCAGGUCCUGCUCCCACUCCCAGCACAAGCUGCCCGCAAAACCACCACCACCACUUCUUAGGGCAGUGGCUUCUGCAGAUGCCAGGCCUUGCUCCCCUCCACUCUCUCCUCUUUCCUUCCUUGCAGACCUUCCCCAGCCCCUAGAAGGUACUGUGUGCUGGCCCUCCUGGUGUGGUUCUGGUGUUAUCAACCCCCUUGAAUGUGAAUUGCUAUCUUUAUUGCCCACAUUAAAGGAGAGCCAGCUGGUGUGUUAUCAGGAAGCACUAUUUAAAAUGUGAAUUGUUACAGAACAAAUAAACGCUAUGUAUAGGAACACA